AUGCUUCUGGGACCGGAUAGCACGCGGCCAAAGGAAUCUGUCCUGAUAACCUGCACGACAUCAGAGCAGCAGCCACCGUCGGAUAACCUGGAUGUCAAGCUGGCAAUUGAGCAGAGUCGACGGGAGGAUAGCGGCAUGUGGCAGUCCGACGUUCAGAUGAUGGCGUUCGCACUGAGUUCAUUUAUGUCCUUCAGGGACCUGUGUCAGCCGAACAACGCCUCCCUCUUCCUGUCCCCCACGCUGGACCGGCUGACCGAGGCCUGCGUCCACCUGGAGAACGGAUCCACCUGGAUCAACGACACCGUGCUGAGCGAGACGCGAGAGCUGGCCGCCGCCGAGUACUACUACGACGUGCAGCGGGCGAGCGACGAAAAGCACGUUCACGCACACGGCCGCGGGAUUCUCUCGCUUCUAGGGUGUUGGAUGCUGCUGGCGCUUGCCUGUCAGGGAGGCUGGGACCUUGUCUUUUAUACCCUGCCGUUGCUGUUCGGCCUGCCAGCCUGCAUCGCCCUAGCUAUCAUGAUCAACGAGUUGCUUCUGGUAAAAGACUUCUCCGUGGUUUGGGACCAUCUAGUGCCCAGUGUGAAGCACCUGUCAAACUAUCAGUGCUGGCUUUUUGCAGCGACGUCCUCGUUGCUUUCAUCCAAUAUUGGUGUCGGUUUCAACAGUCUCAUCUUUGCGCGUAACGCACCCAAGCACGACUGCCUACGAUCUGCGUUCAUCUUAGUCUUCGUCAACUUCCUGAUAAACUCCUUCUGGUCGCUGAGCUGCACCAUCCUGCUGGCCCGUAACGCCGCACAGAUGGGCAGGAAUCUGAAGGAUCUGCUGCGAGACUACGGUGGCGAGCCGGACCUCAUCAUGCUGACCAGCUCGCUGGGCCAGCAGGCCGGCACGUCGCAGGUGUGGCUGGCGUUCCUGCUGCUGUUCUCCAUGCUGCUCGGGCUGGGCACCUCCCAGGCCGCCGUGCUGGUCAUUGAGACCAGUCUGCGCGAGCUCUCGGUGCUCGGCUCGACCAGCACACGCGCCGCCGUCUGCCUGAUUGUCAGCGCCGGCUUCAUCCUGGACACGAUGAUCUACCUGUUCCACGACGGCCCCAGCUUGGGCGCCGCCGUGAGCGCCUACGCCAACAGCUACUUCAACAUCGUGCUGGCGCUGAUGCUGGUGUGCGCCGUGAAUGUGACGCUGGACGCGGAGCGGCUGCUGGACGCGCUCUCGCAGCAGCUGACCGUGCCGCUGCGCCAGCUGCGCUGGUUCUGGCUCACCUGCUGGCGGCUGCUGUGUCCGCUGCUGCUGCUCGGUAUGUUCGUCUCCAGCGUAUGGCACCACGCCACACACCCGCUGCAGUUCCGUGGCGUGCAGCUGGACGCGUGGGCGGCCGCGGUGGCCGUGGUGCUGGCCGUGGCGCCGCUGCUGCUCCUCCUGGUGGAGGUGUUCCGGGUGUACGCCGAGUUCGGCAGCGCAGACGCCGAGGAGCUGUACCGGCCCACCGAGCGCUGGCAGCUCGGCCUCCUGCCGCCCAACAAACGCGACAGUCUCAGCGGCGCCGGCGGCGGCAACCGCAGCGGCAGCGUCGGCGCCGCUAAGUCGCUAAUGACGCGCAUGUAUGGCGCCAUCUCGAGCCGGUGGCUGGUGGGCGGCGGCAGCAGCGUACUGCGGAUCGAAUCGAGAGUGGUACCGCUCGAUGCCGGCCCUGGCAGUCCGCAGACCAGGACAGCCACGACCGGUAGUCAACAGGAGUCGAAGCAGAAUAGUGAACAGUCCAGCCGAGUGGCGACCAAAUCGAGCAGCCCCGAUCCAGGGCAGCGGACAUCCAGCACCACCAAGGCCGAUGGAAGUUAUGAGGUGAUUGCAUCACAAUACGGCACAUAG